UACUAGAUUAUUUAAUGUAUACCACAGUACAGCAGAAAUUCGAGCACGAUCAUUUCGUAUUUAGUAUCGACGGAAGGAUGUCAGCUUUGUUAAUCGUAAUAUUACUUUUGAUAAUCGCGUAUAAGUUUUACGAAUUCCUUAGUUGUAUACCACCAAACGCACCACCAUGUAUCCCUCGGUUGCCACUGGGCGGAUCUUAUUGGUAUUUACUUUGGGGAGAUUACAAAUUUCCACACAAAACUGUUUCGUAUUAUGUAAAGAAAUUUCAAUCUAAAAUUCUUAGCUGUUAUUUAGGUGGUUUCAUGGCUGUUAUCGCGAAUGAUUACGAGAGUAUUAAAGAAAUAUUAACAAGGGAAGAAUUCGAUGGUAGAGCUACUGACGUAGAUGUUGUUAAAGCAAGAGCUUUUGGAAAAGAAUUAGGCAUUUUUUUCACCGAGGGUUCAUUUUGGAAAGAACAAAGAAGAUUUGCCCUUCGGCACAUGAGAGAUUUUGGAUUUGGUAGACGACAUGAUAAAUUUGAAAGUGAUAUGAUGGAAGAACUUAAUAUCCUCGUCGAUAUGUUAAAAGAAGGCCCUAUUAACGACUAUGAGAAGUCAUAUCUGAAACAUGGUUACGCGUUAUUCCCCGAUAUUUUAUAUCCAUACUCGGCUAACAGUAUAUGGGAUAUAAUGUUUGGUGACAGAUUUAAUCGUUCGCAACAUCAGAAACUGAUAUAUCUAUGUCAAGCUGCUAUGAAAUUUCAAAGAGGAGGCGACACUACCGGGGCUGCACUUUUUCAACGUUGGUUUUUGAAAUAUUUCGGCGAUAUGUUUGGUUAUAAAAGCAUCAUCGAUGGAAGUUAUCGUAUAGCGUCCUUCGUUAUGAAACAUAUAGAAGAACGAAAACAGUUGUACGAUGAAGACAUCGGUAGAGGACUGAUAGACAGAUACCUAAGCGAACUGAAGAAAAAUAGUAACGUAAUGUCUACUUUUUCGGAAGAACAGCUUAUUAUUCUUCUCGUGGACAUUAUGUUUCCGGCUUUAUCAGCGGCACCAAGUGCUAUUGUGCAUGCUAUAAAACUUCUUAUGCAUAAUCCAAAUGUCUUAAAGAAUGCACAAGAGGAAAUAGAUAGAGUGGUCGGAACCGGAAGACAUGUUACAUGGGAAGAUAGGAAAAAUAUGCCAUACACCGAAGCAAUGAUACGCGAGGCUCUCAGAUACGAAACCCUAACACCAUUCGGCGUGAUUCACAAAACGAUAAAGGAUACUACUCUCGGUGGUUUCAAUGUUCCCAAGGAUACAUUAGCAAUUACAAAUUUAGAUGAAUUGAAUCAUGAUCCUGAUUUGUGGGGUGAUCCCGAGAAUUUUAGGCCAGAACGGUUCCUCGCGGAGGAUGGCCAGCUGGGCAAAGACUUUACGUUCGUUUUUGGAUUAGGUCACCGUGUGUGCGCGGGUGAAACUUUUGCGAGAUACAACAUGUUUGGAGUACUUGCCGUACUGAUGCAAAAUUUUCAUUUUUCAUUCGUGGAAGGACAGCCAACAUCGCUCGAAGAUAAACUACCUGGUUUAAUAACCACACCGAAAGAAACCUGGAUUAAAGUAGAACCGCGAUAUUAAUCGAAAACUUCUGACUAUGCUUACGAUUUAUUUGACAAAAAAACUUAACAAUAUCAUACAAAGUAGUACGGCGUUAUAAUAAAUAAAAGACGUAAAAGUUAAGCUUUAUAAAUAUAAUAUUUCUUUACUUCUCAUACAACUGUUUCUUUUACAUCGUGUUUGAAUUUUAAUGAUACUAAUGAAUUCGAAUGAACUUGAUACCAUCAUAGACACACUGAAAGAAAGGGGAAUAAAAAUAGUAUCAUUAAUAUUAUAUUUUAUAUCAUUCAGUCCAUUUGUAUUUUUUACUAAUAUAAUAAAAAAGGAUAAUUAUUUCUAUUUC